AUGGAAUCUCAUCUUUCCCCUGAGAAACCGAAAGUAGAUAAACCGAAAGAGACGAAGACUGACAAUGAGAAAAAACGAAAAAGUCGUUCGAAUUUUGUUCUUCACACGGACGCUCUUCUUUAUCUUCUUUUGAAGCGUGGAUGGACCGUUAAAAUAGUCAAACAAAAAACCGCGAAAGUGACAUCUCAGAACUACAAAUGUGUUCAACUUUCUAAAAAAGGGAUGAUGAUUGAGGAAUGUAUUGGAGAAGAAGAUCUCUAUAAACUCGGUGCUGUCUUUGAGGAAAUCUUCAUGAAAAAGGCUGCUACAAUUGAAGAUAAGUGUCUCUCUAUGGAACAGGCCGACCUCAUCCCUGACGAAAAUCCAUCAGAAACAGUUUCAGAGGAGAAAAAGGAUGUGUAG